CAUCGCAAAGAAACCGUCUGAGUUGCUGUUCCACCGAAACAAGAGAAAGCUGCGAGCUGAGAAGCAAGGGGAACGACAUGAAUCUAAAGCUCAAGGUGGUGAUUAUUGUACUUCUCGCUAUCCCCUAUGCUGCCUUUGGCCUGAAUUGUCACAAAUGUUCAAGCACAAAAUCUUGGGAAGAAUGCGACGAUAAAAAGUCAAGCAAAGUGACGUGCGCCGGAAAUGACGUUACAUGCUAUAAGGUUCACUACUCUACUGAGGACAAAACUAUCCAAGUGUUUGCGAAGUCCUGUGGACCUAAAACCUAUUGCACAAAGACUGCAAAUCCCGUUUGCAAAGUUCAUCUUGGUGCGUCAGAUUGUAAAAUAUCUUGCUGUGAAGAAGACAUGUGCAACGCAGCCUCACGGGCUGGUUUGAGUGGCCUUGUAAUGCUAUCAGGCGUUCUCGUUGCAGCGCUGUGCAGUUAAAGGCACAAAGGAACCUCCAUGAACUGACUCUCUCUUAAUGCCGAUCUAUGUAAGGCAAAUUAAGGUGACAUGGGUACAUUUUUGGAUUUAUACUCACUCAUAAUGUUGCAUAAGUUUUCACGGAAAAGAGGUCCCAAGUGGUCAAAAAUAACGAAUUGAACAAGCAGUUGGCAGGAAUUUUCAUUUAGCUUCAGCUUCUGAACAAAAUCACUUCUUGGUGCCACUUUGUACUUAAGUGGGUCUAAUAGGGCUAUCAAAGUGUUUAAUUUUUUUAGCUUUUUUAAGCCUUUAAAAAUUUGAUUUUUUUUUCUUAAUAUUUCGCAAAUAAAGAAAAAUUUAUUCAACAUGAAAGCCUUUAUUUUCGGAGAGUGUAGUGAUCGAGGAGUUCCUAACUGGCACUAGUCAAACUUUAUCAAUGCACUCGUGAUUGAAUGUAUGUAACUAUAAAUUACAUGGUGUAGUAUUUCGUUGACUGUCACAUCACUAGACCUAAAUAAUCACGAUGGCCAAUCAGCACAAGGUAAAUAUUAAAACGAGCCAAUAAGAACCAAAAGUGGAAAUAUUAUUCGUACUUAAUAAACAGGCCGAGAAACGUGAUUGACCAA